AUGGCGGAGGAGGCGCCGGAGGACGGCGCGGCGCGGACCCUGGCCAGCCUCAGGCAGCUCUCCCGGGCUCUGCCCUUCGCACGGAGCUACGGCCGCCUCGGCGUCAGCGCCAGCGGGCGCCUCACCGUGCCGGCGCUGUGCUCUCAGGAGGACGCGGAUCCGCAGAAAACAGCGUUCGUGCUGCGCAAAGCCUGGACGCUGUACAGCGUGACCCCCCUGCACCGCUUCCGCCGCGCCCGCCUCAGCGACUACGCGCGGCUGCUGAGCGCCUUCAUCGCCGCCGAGAAGCAGAAGGGGCUGGCCGUGGAGGUGGGCGUCGAGCUGGACAUCAAGGUGGCCCUGUCCAGCCUUGCCGAGCUGCGGGGCAGCGAGCUGGACCAGGCUGCCCUCCUGGUGCAGCUCUCUUCAAGGUCACGAGCUUCCUCCAGGAGCUCUGAAGACAAGCUGGUGUGGUCAGGCUGGUUCUGCUCCGUGUGUGGAGAUGACCUUUCCGAGAACGUGCCGGAGAACUUCACCUGCCUGCCCCUGUUCCUGACCCAUGGGGCCGAGAGCUACACGGCCUUGGUUGGAAGCUGGUUCCAGAAGACUUUUGACUGCUGCUUCCGCCGCCUGGCCAUCAGCCCCCUGAACCUCAGCUGGAUGGUGGCCAUGUGGGCUGGCUACAAGCUGGAGAGAGCUGCCUCUGCCGUGGAACUCGUCUUCUCCAUGCCCCGCCUGUCCCAGCCCCUGAAUAUUUCAUACGCCAUCCACCCAGAGGAUGCCAAAGCUCUGUGGGACACGGUGCAAAAAACGCCUGGAGAGAUCACCCAGGGGGAGGUGGAUGUCUUCAUGGACUGCCUUUAUGCCCACUUCCACAGGCACUUCAAGAUCCACUUGUCAGCUGCAAAGCUGGUGAAGGUUUCCACAGGGAUUGCCUCAGCACACUGUGAUGGGAUUGUAAAGAUUCUCCACAGCCAAUACCUGCCUGGAGUGCUGAUGCUACUGACUGAACUUGCAAUCUCUCAGAUACAGUGA